AUGCCGCUGGAACUGCUGCAAGCCGGCGAGGGGAUGUGCAAGGCCAGCCCACUGCAAGAGCCGACACGCACUGGUGCAAAACGCAACUGCCGGCGCUGCAGGGCCACGGGCGCCGAUGCUGCAGAUGGGUGUGCCAGUGCUGACAACAGACUGCCCGUCGCGCAACGUGCCGCAACGGGGGCUGACGGCGCUCCAUCUGUGCCUCAAGGGAGCAGCCGGUGCUCUAGCCAGGGGAGCUCGAGCAUCGCGGGGACCACCUGGUGCUGCCAUGGAGCUGCAAUGGAGUGUCGGCGAGGGGCCUCUAGUGCUGCCACAGAGCAUACCCGGCGCUACAAUGGAGCGUCGCUUGGCUAUCGGUGCUUCCAUGGAGCAUUACCGCUGCUGCUAUGGCAAAGCUGCUAUGAAGUGACAACUGAUGCUCCGAGGAACAGGGGCAGCGCUGUACUGCCUGCUAGGGCUGUUUGUGCGACGGCUACCAGCAGUAGUUGUGGCGACCGGGGAGGAAUGCGGUACUGCAUAGCAUAUUUUAGGAGUCCAGUGAGGCCCUAUCGGAAACUUGCUCGGAGCUAUCACCCUGACGUGAACAAAGAGCCUGGCGCUGAACAAAAGUUUAAGGAUAUCAGCAAUGCUUAUGAGGUUUUGUCUGAUGAUGAGAAGCGAGCGAUCUAUGAUAAAUAUGGAGAAGCUGGUCUGAAGGGUUCUGGCAUGGGCACGGGAGAUUACUCAAACCCAUUUGAUCUCUUUGAGUCACUAUUCGAAGGAUUUGGUGGAAUGGGUGGAAUGGGCGGGGGCCGUGCUGCUCGUAACAGGCCAAUGCAGGGUGAUGACGAGAGCUACAAUCUGGUUCUCAACUUCAAGGAAGCAGUGUUUGGUGUAGAGAAAGAGAUUGAGAUAACUAGGCUGGAAGGCUGUAAUACUUGCGACGGAAGUGGCGCCAAGCCUGGCACAAAGCCAACCACGUGUAAAACUUGUGGUGGUCAGGGCCAGGUGGUCUCCUCCACAAGAACACCACUUGGAAUAUUCCAGCAGGUAUCCACAUGCAAUACUUGCGGUGGCACUGGUGAAUUCUCCACCCCUUGCAAAACCUGUGGGGGCGAUGGCCGUGUGCGCAAGACAAAGAGGAUCAGUCUGAAGGUUCCCGCAGGAGUGGAUUCUGGAAGCAGGUUGAGGGUCCGUUCUGAGGGUAAUGCUGGUCGGAGAGGAGGCCCGCCAGGAGACCUUUAUGUCUUUAUUGAUGUUCUCUCGGAUUCAGUUCUUAAGAGAGAUGGGACAAACAUUCUCUACACAUGCAAGGUUUCUUAUAUUGAUGCAAUUCUUGGGACAACUGUCAAGGUCCCCACUGUUGAUGGGGUGGUUGACCUGAAGAUCCCCUCGGGGACCCAGCCGGGUACAACUCUGGUGAUGUCCAAGAAAGGUGUUCCACUUCUUGGUAAAUCAAAUGCUCGCGGAGACCAGCUGGUGCGUGUCCAGGUUGAGAUUCCAAAGCGUCUAAGCAGCGAUGAGAGAAAGCUGAUCGAAGAGCUUGCAAACCUCAACAAGGCCGAGCUGGCAAACAGCAAUUUUGAUGCAAAUUGCAGCGACAAAGCGACAGUUGGAGUUGUUACUGUAGGAACUCUGCUCAUUCUGCACGCAGUGUCAUGGAGGAAAACUGUUGAGAGAUAA